GGCCGAGCUGACCCCGCGGUCCGAGAUGUCCGAGCUGCCCGCCGACAGCAGCGUCCGGCAGACGGACGCGGCGAAUGGCCACCGCGACGUCCGGCAGGAGGAGGUAGGCGGCGGGAGGCAGGAGCCGGCCCCGGCGCGGCCUGCGGAGCCCGGAGAAGGUCCGGUGGUGGUGGCGCCGGCGGCGGCGGCGGCCAGGGAGGCCCCCGAGGCAGCGGUCGCCCGCGAGCUGGCGGGGCCCGCAGAGGAAGAGGGCGCGCAGGCCAGACCCCGGUCCCGGCCCGCGAACGGCCCGGGCCUGGCUGCGUUGCCGUACCUCCGCCUCCGUCACCCGCUUAGUGUUUUAGGAAUUAAUUACCAGCAGUUCCUCCGCCACUAUCUGGAACACUACCCGAUCGCUCCGGGCAGAAUCCAGGAGCUAGAAGAACGCCGCAGGAGGUUUGUGGAAGCCUGCAGAGCCCGGGAAGCCGCGUUCGAUGCCGAGUAUCAGCGGAAUCCCCAGAGGAUGGAUUUUGACAUUUUGACGUUUACUAUAGCUCUCACCGCCUCCGAGGUUAUCAAUCCUCUGAUAGAAGAACUUGGUUGUGACAAGUUUAUCAGUCGGGAAUAGUCUGGUGAUGGAACUGCUUCGAGGCGAGCGAGACUCGCGCGGAUCCCGUCACACUGCGUUUUACAAAGUCAUUGUAUCUGAGAUAAGGCCAUGCCUAGUUGGGGGGAGGGGGGAGGAAGUUUAUCCUGAAAAAGCCUCAGGAAAGAGAGAGAAAAGAUUCAAAGCCUCGUGACUCCUCUGACGUUGAAUGUGCGAUUGAUAACAGAUUCUUUGCCCUGCGUGGUGGAAAUGUCUGGCAAAAAUUGCUGCCCCAAAACGGGAAGGAGAGGUUUUCUGACAUUGAGACGUGAUGAAGAGAUACUGCCCAUACUAGAGCCCGCGAUGAUGAGAGGAAUUGUCAGAAUCUGAGGGUAGGAAUAAGGAGUCACAGCUGAGUUCCCCUGUCGAGAGACUUGGAAGCCCACGGAGAGAACUUGAAAUUGUCAAAAUAAUGCGCUCUCCUCGCGUCAGGUUCCACAGCUUUAGUCUAAAUCGAUUUUGUCUUUUCUGAGGCAUUUCAAGUGGCAAACAAUGUAACUGUUGUAUAUAUUACGUGAUAAACUAUGUGUUCAAGAAUUUCUGAAGUUUCU